GUCCACUCGCCAGCUAACGUAGCGGCGCCGCAUCUCGAGCUUCAAACACCACCUCACCACCACACACUCCGCUCCUCACCGCAUCCGCCUCGGCCUCUAGCUUUCCUACAUAGGUGUAAAUAUACUCCAUCACCUUCUUCGGUCCUCCGCUACAACCUAAAAGUCCAAUUGUACACGUACUCCUCCAGACGCACCUCGGUCCUCAACCGCCAAGAUGCAGUCAGGCAUCUCGGCCUCUGAGGAGCUCAUCUCCCAAUUUAAUACUCUCCUGUCCACAGACAACCACUUCGGACUCCUCAUCACCAUCGAAGCCGAGACCCUUAAGCCCGUUCAAUUCCUCGAGAAGACAUCCCCCUCCGCCUCGUUCGACGACAACCUCGCUUCCCUCCAGCCUCAUCUCAAGCCCAACGAGGCCCUUUAUGUUAUUCUCCGCCGCUAUGACACCGCACCGCAUUUUGCAGCCGUGAGCUACGUCCCAGACUCGGCCAAGGUUCGCCAGAAGAUGCUCUUCGCGUCCACCCGCCUGACCCUAGUCCGAAAGCUUGGCUCCGAACACUUCCGCGAGUCCAUCUUUGCCACCAUGGCAGAGGAGCUUUCGGCCAAAGGCUUCGCCAAACACGAUGCUCACACCGAGCUCGAGGCUCCGCUGACGGAGGAGGAGCGCAGCCUCGGCGCCGUUAAGCAGGCCGAGCAGGAGGCCAGCACUGGUACGGGGACCAGGGAGAUCCACCUUAGCAAGACCCUGGCCAUGCCCGUUGCCGAAGAUGCUCUCGCCGCACUCAAGGAGCUGUCACCGGAUAGUGGCAAAACAUUGGUGAUGCUGAAAAUCAACCCCGAAAAGGAGUCCGUUGAGCUGGUUCCCUCUAGCGAGAGCCCCUCCUCCAUCACCGAGCUCACGCAAACCAUUUCCUCCACCGAGCCGCGCUUCACUUUUUACCGAUUCAACCACACCCACAACGGCGCCGAGUCGAGCCCCCUGCUCUUCAUCUACACCUGCCCUGUCAACACUGGCAACAGGUCCAUCAAGAACCGCAUGCUGUACCCUCUCAUGAAGCGCGCCGUCCUCGAUGUCGCAUCCAGCGAGGCAGGAUUGACGCUCGAUAAGAAGCUCGAGGUCGAGGACCCAAGCGAGAUCACCGAGGACACGGUUCUCUCGGAGCUACACCCCAAGGUGACGGUUCGACAAAACUUUAGCAGACCCAAGAGACCCGGUCGGUAAACGGAUAACACAAAAGUCACGGCGGACUUGUGAAAGAAAACGUCGGAACCCAACGCGUGGGAAGCAUUUCAUAGCCUAGGCCCGUAGAUCGGGUGAAUGAUAGACAAGAUUUCAUUCGCAAUGCAGUACCUUCUAUGAACAUUGUGCUCCUUUGCAUAUCUACAACUUGCACGUUUUCCAGUCUACUACGUUGCGCAUCCUUGUCUUUUC